AUGGCGCCAAAGACAUCUUCUAGUUAUUCUAAGAAUGCUUCUAAGAAAGCUGAGGAGCCAAACACAACGGCUCCUCUGGCUAAAAGGACUAAAAUUCCCAAGUCUUUUAUCGCUAGACCUUCUCGCUUAUCUUCUCAUAAAGCAUGCCUUAAGGUGUACAUGGACAGUACGAUAUUAGGUGCUAUGGAUCUUAAAAGUGGCGAUAUUGUUAGAAUAUAUAACUCUGCUACCGCUUCCCCUGCUAUAAUUGCCACUAUUCACUCAGAUGGUCAAGAUAUACAAUGUCCAGAUCAGAAUGUAAUCUUGUUAUCGGACUCUUUGAGGAAAUUGGGCGGAUUUCUACUUGGUGACAGACUAGAAGUUGUGAAGCAUUCUAAGCAACCAAAGUAUACCACAUCUGUUUCCAUACUGGUGGAUAAACCUGACCUUGACUUGGAGAAUAAAAAAGUCAUCCCUGCAUUGGAAAAAGCAUUCGAUGCCGUAGGAAUAGUAGCUCCUGGUUUGGUGAUACCGCCAGUCCUGAUUAAGUCAGACGACGAUGAACAGGAAAAUUCUCUAGUUAAUGUUUCCAUAAUAGAUGUCAAUUAUGAAGAAGAGGAAGGCAUUGAUAAUGCAAUGAAUAAAUUGACAUUGAACAAUGACAAUGACGAAGACGAAGCUUUGGAAUCUGAUAUACUGCUUUUCUCUCCACUGUACAUAUACAAGAAAGGUGCUACAAGCAUAAAAUUAUCCAGCUUGACGACACCUUCUAAGUCUAAGUACCCUCAAUUGCCUAGCCAAUCCACAUACAAUUCAGUUGGAGGACUUUCAAAACAAAUCCAGCUCUUAAGAUCUACAAUCGAAUUGCCCUUGCAUAACCCUACACUCUUCUCAGACUUUGGGAUCUCUCCUCCAAGAGGAAUUUUAUUGCAUGGACCUCCGGGUACUGGUAAGACUAUGUUACUCCGUUGUGUAGCUGCGAACACUGAAAAUGCUCAUGUUUUAAGUGUGAAUGGACCAUCGAUUGUUUCCAAGUACCUAGGAGAAACGGAGACUGCUAUCAGAGAUAUAUUUCAAGAAGCCAAGAGAUAUCAGCCUUCUAUCAUAUUUAUGGAUGAAAUUGAUUCUUUGGCACCUAACAGGAACUCUGAUGAUAGUGGAGAAACUGAGUCGAGAGUUGUAGCUACAUUACUUACUAUGAUGGAUGGAAUGGGUGAGAGUGGAAGGAUCGUAGUAAUUGGAGCGACAAAUAGGCCCAACUCCAUUGAUCCAGCAUUGAGGAGACCUGGUAGAUUUGAUCAAGAAGUUGAAAUUGGAAUACCGGAUGUUGACGCUAGGUUUGAAAUUUUACAGAAGCAGUUCGGAAAAAUGAAUCCCUUGAAGUAUGAUUUAACCCAAGACCAAUUAUCAGUAAUAGCAUCCAAGACCCAUGGAUACGUUGGUGCAGAUCUCACCGCUCUCUGUCGUGAGUCCGUUAUGAAGGGUAUUAACAGGGGUUUACAGUCAGGUAUCCCACAACACCAGAUUAAGGUGAUUAUGGAGGAUUUAGAAUUGGCUCUUCCGGACAUUACACCAUCUGCCAUGAGAGAAAUUUUCUUAGAGAUGCCUAAAGUAUAUUGGACCGAUAUCGGAGGGCAGCAUGAGUUGAAAAAGAAGUUGGUUGAAGUAGUUCAAUUACCUUUAGAAGCAGCCGCAACAUUUGCUAAAUUGGGCGUUCUGGCUCCAAAGGGAGUCUUAUUGUAUGGACCCCCAGGUUGCUCAAAGACAUUGACCGCGAAGGCAUUGGCCACUGAAUCAGGAUUGAAUUUCCUUGCAGUGAAAGGUCCAGAGAUUUUCAACAAGUACGUUGGAGAAUCUGAAAAGACCAUUAGAGAAAUCUUCAGAAAAGCAAGGGCAGCGGCACCUUCCAUUAUAUUUUUUGAUGAAAUCGAUGCCAUCUCUGGUGAUAGAGAAAAUGCAGGCACUUCGGCUUCACAAAACGUGUUAACUUCCUUACUUAAUGAAAUAGAUGGAGUGGAAGAGUUGAAGGGUGUUGUGAUAGUUGCUGCUACUAAUAGGCCUACGGAAAUUGACCCUGCUUUGUUGAGACCUGGAAGAUUAGACAGACACAUAUAUGUUGCUCCACCUGACUUUGAGGCAAGAUUGCAGAUUUUAACAAAUGGGUGCAAGAAGUUCAAUCUCCAUGAAACCGGACAAGAUAACGAGUUAAUUACAAUAGCAGAGAUCACUGAUGGGUGCUCAGGAGCCGAAGUGGCCUUGCUCUGUCAGGAGGCAGGGUUGGCUGCGGUUAUGGAGAAUAAGGAAACCGAAAGAGUUGAAAAGAGGCACUUUGAUCAUGCGCUCAAAGGUAUAUCUAGAGGUAUUACACCCGAAAUGUUAGAUUAUUAUAGUGAAUUUGCAGGUAGAAGUGGAUUGACUAUAUAA